AAUAUUAUUGUUUGUUUUCGUCUAGAUUUCUGUGGUAGUUUUUUAUUUCUUUUUUUCACGAUAUGGAAAAUUUCUUCAGAACGGAGCAAUCUCCAGUUUAAUUUUUAUGAGUUUUACAAGAGAUUUCGCUUACCAGUAGCUUCCUCAUUCCUGAUGGUAUGCGAAGAAGGUGUCGGUGAUGUUUCUCAUUCUAAUGACUUACAUCGUUGCAACAUUUAGCCGCAGUGGUUUUGUAACUCUUGACUGCGAAGAUGUCGGAAAGCCGUCCACCCGUCCAGUACUGCGAAGACGAGUCGACCCUGUUCGGUCAGCAUUCACGGCUCUUCUACACCGGGCUCGCCGCUCUCCCCUGGCGGACACAGCUGAUCAGCGGCGCCCUGCCGCUAAAUCCGCACGUCCGCCCGCUCGUCCUCUCGCUGUCCGGUCCGCGGCGCACCGAAAUGCAGUCGCUGCUGUGGCCGCACAUCGUGCACCGCUACAACGUGGUGUACAUUGAGAAUCCGCUGCUGGCGCCCGAGCCCCCUCCGAACUACGACAACGCCAUGGAUGCGGGCUUCGUGGUGCCCAUGCUGCUGCGUAUUGCGGAGUCAUGUGCCCGCCGUCAUCUGGCGCAGUCGUACAAUGAAGGCCCAUUGGCCAUUGUAAUUGUGGCGACACUGGAGGAAUCCCUGUCGUUGGUGGAGGAGAUCCGCACGGCGGCCAUGCAGUUUGACCGGGAUUUCCGUGUGGUGAAUGUUUUUGAAUUGCCCGACGAAAAGGAGUUCCAGGAGAAGAGUUAUUUGACGGCCGAGAAUUGUGAUGUGUUGGUGGUGGCACUGCAUUCGGUGCUAACGCUGUUCGCCACACAGGGCCGUCUCUGGUCCGCGCCCAUCAAUCUCAUGAAAGUUGAAAUCGUUGUUUUCAGAAAUAUCGAUGUUUUGCUGAGAAUUAAUCCGACCCUGACGGAAACGAUACUAGGACGCUUCCGUGAAAACCCCGAAAUAAACUACGUGUUUGCCGCGUCAGCGUCAUCACCGGCCAUGAAGAAAUUGGUGGGCAAACUGGAGAAUAUCGUCUGCACUGUGAUUGGUAACUAUUUGGACGCGGUUGUCCAUGAAAAACUCCCGAUUCAGCUGUUCGAAACGAAUGCCAAGUUCAGCCUUCCGUGGGUUAUGCAAGCACAGAAAACCUUCCAGGAUCGGCAGCCAGGAGAGAAAAUCAUUCUGUUUGUCGGCUCUGACCGGCAGAGUGCCGAACUGAAGCAGAGUCUAGCGCUGCAACGCAGUGGCCGCAUGCCACCGAAAGCUGAAUAUGACUUCCAGGCCGUUAGCGAAAACGAUUCCAUUUAUGAUGUGGUGAAUGGCAUUCGUGACUGGUGGAAGUCAGAUCCCAAGGAGCAGAUUCGCAUUCUAGCCAUUCCGGACAAAUAUGCCGGUGACUUUGGUAUUGAUGACGCCGAUCUCAUCGUGCAUCUGGCGCCUCCUCAAAGUGUCCUGCAGUUUUUGAGACGCUUUGGCUGUGUCCGGAAAUCCUUCGCGUUGUGGACAUCCAAAUACGCGGCAUUAGCUAAAGGAAACGGUGAAAAAGUGGUGAUGCCCAGUAUGCCGUGUCGCAUUGUUCUGGAUGAAGGAUGGAAACCGAUUCUUCCUAUUGUCUUGUACAUGGCUAGUGCGGCAGAAGGGUACAGCAUUAUCCCGGCGCCGGUUGUGUUAGCUAGCCAAAAAAUCCUUCAGAGCCCGCGGUUCAUGCAGUUACCGCCAUGCCUCAUUCAACUGUACUAUGGGGACUGUAUAAAGAAAGGAUCGUGUUCUGCGCGGCAUUACCAUGGACGACCGCAGAAAUUGACAUUAGCCUUAUCUCCGGACAAAUGCACCAAAUUCGAGUUUCGCCUGAUGCGCUAUCUGAAUCCCAUGCAUUUUAUUGCGCGUAUAGUACGGGUUUUUGUUGCCGGGGAGAAUACGUCCAUUAUUUCAUACGAACGACUGCAGAAGGAUUUGGAUGAAGAAAUGGCCAAUAUUCUGGACGAGCUACCACAGCCAUACAAUAGUCUUCCGGAUCCUGAUGUGGUUUGUGGUAUGGUUAGUGCUAACGGGAAGAAACUGCACAGAGUCCAAGUGCUGAAAAGUAUCGAUAAGGACCAUGUUCAUGUGUAUUAUGUGGAUGAAGGCAUCGGAAUGCCGUUCUUGACAGAAGAUCGUCGGCAUCCGAAGCUUUCAGCACGAAUUAAAUCUAGUUGUAAAUUCUAUCCAUUACCGGAGAAAGUCGCAAAUAUGGAAAAGACCUGGGUUAAUAUGAUUAUUGCGCGCAUUCAGCCCUCCUCACAGGAAGUAGCGUGGAGACCGUCGACAUCCGCAGCGGUGUAUACUGCCAUUAAAGGUCAUAUUGUGGAUGAAAAAAGCCUGAUGGAAACGAAAUCAGUACUGUCAACGGAGGAUUUUGUGCUUGUCGAUAAUUUCAAAAGCUUCAAGAUUCAGGAAGGGCGGAAUGUGUGUGUGCUGAGCAUGCAGAAUAUACUGUCUAGGAAUUCCCGUUUCGUUGCCAAUCCAACGCACCUGGAGAAGCUUAGUAAAUCUCUGGAGAACGAAAAUCCUUGUCGCGGCCAGAGUCUGUCCACUACUCUUCCGCUAUAUGUUGCGACUACUACGGAUGACCUUUGUGAAACUUCUCUGCCUGCUAUACAAGAAUCACAGUAGAUUAAUUUUGUUUUCCGUUGCCGCUAAUGCGUGCAUAGUAAUUGAUUUUAUAGUAUUUCUGUUGUGAUUUGAUUUGUGUUUUUCAGUUUCUGAUCGCAUUUAAUUCGGCACUGUCCUUUGAUAAAUUUUUCGGCUGCUAAAUAUGGCGAAAUUUAAAAUGAGCAGUCCUUGAUAGCUUUGCCAGUGACACCGAAAAAGGACUUACUAACUCUCCCUUUUGACGAACAUUUUUGUUGCUCAGUGUCAAUAUUAUCAGGUAAUGGAGAUUACCAUUGUUUAGUGUGUUGCAGUCUGAUUGAAAAACAAUAAAAUUAAA